CCUGGCUUUUCCGCCGGACGAAACAUUCUGUAUUAAAUUUCGCCUAGGCACAAAGAUUCAACCAUUUGCGACCAUUUUCUUGGCAUAAUCUGGUCUUUUUGAAGCUUCACCAUGGCAAGUUCAAGGUACCUCACUCCGCAGAAGAUUAGCCUUCUUGUUUUGGUAAAGCUUUACUGCAAUUCCGUUCUCCCUUCAAGCGCUACAAUACCCAUCCUUUCAUUCAUUCUCUCACAUAGCAUUCCCCCACUCCCUUCGCACGCACGUGCCCGUCAUACUUCGGGAUACCAAGAUUACUCAAUCUCGAUCCGAGCAUUCGAAGAUGUUCUCCAAGGACAGCCAUCUAGUAUGCCGGGCCGCACCCUAUUGGACGUGUUUCUCAAGCAGAUGUGGGAGUUGAAUUCAUUCGAUGCGCUUCAUAACCUAUUCAACCACCUUGGCUGUCUUCUUGCAAGAACACGAGAAGACAGUGAACAGAAUGGAGGGGCUGGAGACGAAGAAGAUCUUUCAGAUCACAUCGUUCUAUCAAAAUCCUCACCAUUAGGAACAAUCGUCAGAAGAGCGCGACUGGAGUUUACCAGAUUGCAAUUCGACGAUUCCAUCAAGCUUUGGUCUGCCUUCAUCAUGUACCGAGCUCCUACGGCCCAGUGGACAAAACGGAUUGCUGGACUCGCCUCAUCUGGGAUUGAUAUUAAUGCUGUAGAUAUGGAGUUGGGGCCAGGCGACCCAUUGUAUGAAGUUGCAUAUGGCCACCUGGAGGAUGAAGACUCGACGGAGGAAAACCUCAGCAUAGACGAUUUAAACCGCUUGUUGGAGUUUCAGCUGGAUCAACUUCAACGCCUUGGAUGCCGAGUCCCAGAAGACAUGAAAAAACGCCUCCAAAACAUGCUCGGCCCGUUCGGAGCCGUCCUCCGUCAAUCACACCUGGUGAAGUUCUUCGAUGCCUGGAAAGCUGGGGACUAUACUUCUGCCUUCGAUAGCCUGCAUCGCUACUAUGACUACGCUAUGCAGACGCGGGAGAAGGUGCACUAUCAAUAUGCGUUGCUGCAUAUGGCGAUAUUACAAGCAGAUUUCGGCUGCUUCGGUGAAGCUAUUGCGGCAAUCAAUGAAACGAUUGCAACUGCAAGAGAGAACCAAGACAUGACGUGUUUGAACUUCAGUCUCAGCUGGCUGAACCAUAUGAGCAAGGCGUAUCCAAGACAGAUGAAAGGAGCUGGUUAUAUGGGCAUGUUAGGUUCGGAGCGCGAUGGGCUGAUCUUUCUGAAGGCGAAGGCAAGGGAGACAAAGAUGCACAAUCUCCUGAGUGCUACUCUUCUGAAUGAGGCCAAACUGAGCCUGUCUACGGGCGAAUCUAUCCCCCGUGCCCUCGAGUACAUGUACCAGGCAUCGCAUCUAAACAUCAGGGAGAACGUCAACAACAACGGUGGUUCAAUGCUUCUACACUCCACCCUUUAUUCGCGAUUAGGGUUGACGCAUCUUUCGAGUGUGUAUUGUGAACUUCUCCUUCAUUGCUACAGACAAACUUCUCCUAUCGAUGAGAAGAUACGUGCAAUCUGCCGCUGUGCUUUUGCUGCUGUCCAAACUGGCUGCUACGAUGAGGGUCUCGACCUCCUCGAAAAUAUCGAUUCUUCGGAUCAUCGCUCCCUCAAAUUCCACCAGUACAUAUACCACUGCACCGGCAUCAUCAACCUGAAGAGAGCCAUCCGACGCACCGACUGGACAGCAUGCGAGCAUCUCCUCUCUUCCCUCAAACCCGACUCAUCCACUGACCCCGAACUCUCCUUCCUCUUAUGCGAAUCCCGAAUCGACUACCUCAUUUCACGAGGCUUAUACUCCGAGGCUUUCAACGCCAUCGAAGACCAAGCCUCAUCUUUAAAAGAAGAAAAUGCUGACAUACUUCAGCGCACCGCUAUGCUUCUGGCGAAGGGAGUCCUCUUCUGCAAAGUGGGCAAGCCGGAGCGAGGAUUUAGCGUUGCGUUGAGGGCAGCUAGCGUCGCGUUUAAGGCGAGAUUGAUGCCGAGUUUGUGGAUGGCUGUUGGGGUCCUAUGCUGUAUUUUGAAUGCCUUGGGGGAGUAUGAGGGAUCGGGGAAGUUGUUGCAUGCUGUGAUUCCACAGGCAUUAGAAAACGCUGAUAAGGCCCUCAUUGCCUCACUUUACUCCUCCCUUGGGGACUCAUUCAUCGGCCUUGCAGGCCUCGAUGACCCCACUUCCUCCAACGGCGCUCGCUCGCUCGCCGCAAAAGUGAGUCGCGCUGAGCUAUUCAUUGACAGGGCUCGGGAGUGUUAUAAACGAGUCGAAGACACUAACGGCGAGUGCGAGCAGUUGAUGAAGAAGGCACUGUUGGCAAAGUUGAGAGGUGAUGAGACGUUGGCGGAGGAAUGGGCGCAGAAUCAUAACCGAGUUUGGGAGGAGGGGAGGAAGAGGAUUGUGGAUGGGAAAUAG